AUGUUUUCGUUCCUAACAGUUCCGUCAGCGAUGACAGAUAAAUCGCCCGGUCAUCGAGAUAGUCUCGUUGUUGACCUGGGCGGGGCGGGGCGUCGGAAUUCGAUGCCCACCAAGGAGUCCUUGUUUCUCGCCUCAGGGAGUGACUUUGUGAAGAAGAUUUAUCGCAGCGAAAAGGCGCUCAAAGAUGAGCAAGAGAGGCAGCAGAACAUACGACGUUUUGUCAUCCACCCUUUCAGCAAUUUCAGAUGGUACUGGGAUCUAUUCAUGGUAUUCCUCCUGCUCAUUACCCUCGUCCUUCUCCCCGUCAACGUCGCUUUCUUCAGCGACGACAUCACCAUGUACUGGAUCAUUAUUAACUGCAUCUCCGACACCCUGUUCAUGCUCGACAUCACACUCAACUUCUUCACCGGGGUCAUUGAGAACGCAGAGGACACGGUGACUCUGGACCGAACAAAGAUAAUAUUCAGCUAUCUCCGUGGUUGGUUUUUCCUCGAUUUAAUAUCAUCAUUCCCUUUCGACUACAUCUACCUGUUCCUUGGACAAGUAGACUUUACAUCACAUACUGCACUCGCUCUAAGAAUUCUCAGAUUGACCAAGGUUCUCAGUCUGUUGCGAUUGCUUCGACUGUCCAGGCUCCUGAGGUAUAUACAUCGUCUUGAAGAGCUGUUGAAUGUCGAGACGGCAGUGAUAAGGAUUGUUCAUUUAGUCUUUGUCAUGUUGCUUCUGAUGCACUGGAACGGUUGUAUUCAGUUCCUGGUCCCGUUCUUCCAGAACUUUCCACCGGACUGCUGGGUGGUCAUCAACGGUCUUGAGAACGCAGGCAAGCUGGAGCAGUACUCCUGGUCUUUCUUUAAGGCCAUCUGCCACAUGAUUAGUAUCGGGUUCGGUCGCUUCCCGCCCAUGAACGUAACGGAGAUGUGGAUGACCACAUUCAGUAUCAUGCUAGGAGCAACCUUCUACGCCCUCUUCAUCGGCACCAUGUCAACCCUCCUCCUCGCGGUCGACGCCUCGGGAAGGCUCUACAACGAGAGGCUAAAUCAAGUGAAGGAAUAUCUCCGAUAUCGCAAGGUUCCUAUGAAUACUCAGCGUCGGGUAUUGAGUUAUUACGAACACAGAUACCAAAGAAAAUACUUUAAUGAGAAGACAAUCCUCGGGGAACAAUCUCAUCCAAUUAGAAGGGAGAUUCUACAGCACCACUUCAACAACUUCAUAACAAAGGUCAACUUCCUCAACGAGGCUGACCCCGACUUCGCUUAUGACGUCAUCGAGAAGCUGAGCUUCGAAGUGUUCCUUGAAGGUGACGUCAUAAUAAAGGCGGGUAGCUUGGGCGGGGCCAUGUACUUCAUCGAGCACGGCACGGUGGAAGUACUCGUGGAUGACCGCAUAGUCAACCGCCUUAGCGACGGGGAUCAUUUCGGCGAGAUAUCGCUGUUGAUUGACGAACGCCGAGUCGCAUCCAUCAUCGCAGCCACGACGUGUGAUGUAUUCUGUCUCAGUAGAGAAGACUUCCACAAAGUUUUGAAAGAUUACCCCGAGAUGGGAGCUCGUAUGGCCGAGAUCGCCCAAGAACGUCUCAACACCAUCGAUUCCUCCCUCGAUACGGUGGAUGAAGAGGCAGGAGAUGAAGAAGAAGCAGCAGCAAACAACAACAAUAAUCAUCCUGCUAAGAAUGACAAGAAAGCCAAGAAGAACGACUUGGCCACCCCUCAGAAGAAAGAUAAUAAACAAAAGAUUAAUGACUGGCUCAAAGAGAACUUCGCCCAGAGAAUCUAAAAAGUAGUUUUUCAUGGCCCCAUAACAUUUUCAUCGUCCCAUACUAAUUUGCUCACUGAAAAUUGAAAGAUCACAGUGUUUUGAACCACUGGCUUUGGUGAUGAAAAGAUGACAAACAAAAGAAAGAGGGAGUUUACAAAAAAGAACUUCCCAAAUACAUAAAUAAUCAAAUAUGGGAAACCUAUGGGGCUUAAUAAUUGGAGAAGUUUUAUGCACUGGUCUUUUCAAAAAGGAAGACGGUUACGUUGCAUUGGAAAAUGUUCAUAGUAUUCAGCUAACUAAGAACAGAAACGAUGUGCAUGAUCAUAUCCAGCAAUAACUAACAUCGCAUUUGAUGCAUUAUGUCUUGAUUUUGAUAAAAGCCGGCGAUAGA